GCGGCGGGGGCUAGUCGAUAGGGCAGGAGAGAGAGAGAGAGAGAGAGAGAGAGAGAAAGAGGGAACGUCGAGUCCUCACCUUGCAAGAGGUGAGCUCCACCACGCAUUGCAAAGUGGCUGCUGCAAAAGUGAGCCGACUCUUCUUCGGUCAGUUGCUAUUUGCAACCGCUGCUGGCAGCGUUUGUUAUCGCAGCUCCUGCUGUUAUCUUUUUCUGCUAAAGGAUAGAGGUUUUUGUGGAGGCGAUAGUCGUGGUGGUUGUGCUCGUUUGAUAGAUAGUGGUAGGUGCUUGUGCUUGUGCUGCGCCUUCGUCGAAAAAGGGAAAGAUAAAGAUAGGUAGAGCUAGCGAGAGAGAGAGAGAGAGAGAGAGAGAGAGAGAGAGGAGAGAGAGAGAAAAGUAGCCCUCGAGGUUACGAGGCCAGAGGAGAAAGUGGGUGUUGCCGAAGUAACGUGUUGGACCGUUCGGGAGCUGCCGAGGGACAUGCCGGGAGCCCGGACAGGUGGUGGCGUACUAGAAUACAACGAAGGAUAAAGAAGGAGAUAGAGAAAAAGAACUAAAGAAGGAUGCCACUUUUCGUUGAUUCUCGAUCAACGAGUCAUCGACGUCAUCAACGCGUCCUCGACGUAAAUUUCGUGUUUAGUGAAGGACCUUUGGCGCUGAGGAAGGUCCGAGGAAGAUGGCCGGAGGAUGGAGUAUAGUAUCUAGACAGACGAGACAUCGUCCUGCACGAAGUUGGCCCCCGUACGAUUAGAGAGAAUCGAGGUAGAAAGGUGAUUGGCAAGGGAGAGGGUGCUUCCUUCCAUUCUGAGGAUCGAAAUGAGCGAUCUACAGGCUACCCUCGAGUUCUCCCUCGAGCUCUGCAAGUUCUACAAUGUUGACCUCUUUCAGCGAGGAUAUUACCAAAUCCGGACGGCUCUUCGAGUGUCGCCAAAAUUGCCGGUCAAGGUGGAAGUCAAUCAGCCGCGAAACCAUUCGUUGGAGGCACCGGGCACGAGCAAACGCUUUCCAAUCUUGUACAGAAACGAAGAGGUGACACUGGGUACUUCGGUCCUAUUUCGUGCCCACGUGCUUGUACACAGUCACAAGAUCGAGGAGGCCCUGUCUCGCACCCACUUCAAUCUCGGCGUCGAGCUAUGGUUCAGUGAACAUACACAACCCGGAAACAUGGCAUGCGUGUCAUCGAGGGCAUUGCAGUUAAACUUCGCGCCAACGAAGGGCCUCCAUUAUCAUCUCCCGGUACUCUUCGAUUACUUUCAUCUCGCCGCCGUAUCCAUCACGAUCCACGCUUGCCUCGUGGCGCUUCAUCAGCCGUACAUCAAGAAGAGCAUCCUGCAUUAUGUUCAGAGUUGCGCACCACGCGGUGGGAAGCCUUGGUUGCAGUUUAAACAGACGGCAGCCAACAAUGAGAAUAACGCAACAUUCGGGAACGUUGAAAGCACGACAAGGUGCGUCGGUUCGGCUACCAGGAUGCAACACGCCAGGUUGGUACAACAGGAAGUGACGAGAUUACUUUUAGCCGCUAGGGAAUCCCUGUUGAACGAUCUGGCCGAUCUAGCGAGACUUUUACCUUCUUGGCAGCAAAGGGCACUCGAGCUUGCACAGAACACGCACAAAGAGAUCACCAAGAUGAUGGACACGGAAGAGGCAGAUAUAGCUCAAUUAUGCGCACAAAAUAUCGUCCUCUGGCAACACUUUCUGGAAGCUUUCUCUGGUCGCGAAGCUGUGCAUCAACAUCUCGCUAGGAUUCAUCAUCAGUUGAGAGUCAAACGCUUCGCCGAGGGUUUCUUCGUGUUGGAAAAUCCAAGAAUGUCGGCGGCGGGCUGUUACGACGCAAAUUAUCAAUCGUAUCAGGCUGUAAGCGAGACCGCACGAAGAUCGCGUUAUCUCGCCUCGUUGCCACCGUUGCCGGUACAUUGCCCGGAAUUGGACGGCGAUCUUCAUUCGUUGCCUUUAAUAUUCGAGGAUCAAUAUGCCGAUAUGCAGCAGAGACAUAGAAACAGUAUUCCCAGUAUGGACGAUUGCAGCUGUGGGAUCGCCGCGAUUCUGGAGUCCAGGUCUAUGGGUAUCUGGUCGCCGAGAAGCGAAGGUGCUGCGCAGGAUAUUGGAGCGAUGCAGGCUCGUUUCGCGACCAGCCCUUCGACAUUGCCGGCCAGACAUAGCAAGUCUCUCGAUCAGCUGGGCCCCGAAAUGGCGCCGUUGCAGCCAAGGUCGUCUCCUAAGACAUUACCCAGAUCGGUCUCGACGCAAUUAUUUCCCAAACAACGUGGCGGAAUUAGAAAUGCGACCCCGCCAGCGACGGUUCCGUCGAGAGGAGGAAGGCCAAGGUCAACGUUACCGUCUGGCAACACCCUCUUACCGCCGUCCGGACAGCAGCAGGCAUGUUCGGCGCCAAAUCCAUCGUUGAGUUCCACUCCGGUGAUACCUCUUCCUCGUGCCAAAUCCACGCAGAUGUUGGUGCAAAAUCGGCAACAAGUCGAUCCGCAAUCCGCGUCCAUCGGUUCGCUCCUUGUGGCGAUGUUUCCCGAGCUACCGUCGGACACUCGACUCCCUGGCUAUCGGCCGUCCGGUAAAUCCUGCGAACAGAAUCUAACGGUACCCUCCUAUAUCAGAACGUUGGACUUGGCCCAGCUGGCCGAUUGCUUGAAUACCGAGAGCAAAUCUUCACAAAUCUCCGAAGAUUUUCACUCUUUGGACACCAGGAGGAUACGAUUGGAGCCAAGGAGUCAUCGAUUGUUGAAUCGCCAAGGCCUUUCCGGCAACGAUCAGAACAAUUUUCCUCUUGGCAAAUCGGGUACAAACGUUGAUGGUUUAUUGCGCGAACAACAGCCUCUUCACACGGCCACUCUCGACAGGAUAACAUAUCGUGGAAAUGGCAGAAAGCAGGCACAUCAAACAGCCGGUAAAUACAAUCAAACGAACGGAUUGGAAUCACGACGUUAUCACACAAUUGGGAAAACUAGCUCGGGUCAUGGACAACGCAAUCGGGAAAUGCAGAAUUCGAUGAACGGUACGACCCUGACGAGCAGUCAUUCGUUGCUGAUGGAACCGUUGUACAGAGUAUCGAAUUACUCCUCGACCACUACGGAUUCCUUCUUUUAUCGAACGAACGGCACCAGCGGCCGUACCCGCGACGAGACUGAUCGACCAAAGAGACCAAAGAGUACCGACAGACUCGUCGACGAGGUUGAGAGGAACGAAUGUUGCGAGUUUAGGAGAGAGAGAACGAAACGGAAAGAUGAGAGAAUGACAAAGUCACCACGAAACGGUGUAACUUUGUCUUGUUACAUGGAGGAGAAACAGCAAAAGCGAGGUCAACGCGAAAAGAAAACUAUCGAAUCACCUAACGAGCCUCUCUACGAGGUAAUUACACUCAAGGUAGAACCAAAGAGGGAAACGCGCGUUGAAAGAAGAAGGGAUAAGCACGGUAGGAGGCCACAUUCCGCUCCCGUUCUCGACACCGAACGUCCACCCGAGGAUGUUAGAAAGUGUGCGCAUAGGAACAGGAAGGCCGCACCACCGCCUCCGGCUUAUCAGGAUCCGGCUAUGGCACCUUUGCCCAAGUAUCGUCAUCCACCGCCAGCACCUACGACCAGUGUCCUCGAAGUUGAGAACAACAAUAAGAUCAUUCUGAAGGUUGAACCGAUAAAGUCUCCGAUCGAGAUAUCGGUUACGAACGGGAAAACGCCAUCGUCCGAGAUUUCAAGUACCGGUGAACAGCCGCCCAAUGUGAAAAGACUGAGAUGUGCCAGCGUACCCGUGGCACAGAACAAAAUCGUAGUCCCGCGUAGCGCCGUUUCGCUACCAUGCAUGCCGAUACGCGAUAGCAAAGAUAGCCUUAGCAACAAUCAUCCCGUCAUUCCAAAUCCCCUUAGUCCGCCGUCCACUCGACCGAGUAGUCCUACGACGAGUUCGAGCUCUAGCAACUUGACGUCCGAGUGUUCAGGUUGGGUUAGCAGCGGCGACACGUCUAGCUCGGAACAAAGGCGUAACGCGAGAUUGUCCAGCGAGCAGUUGCGUCAGAAGCUUUCCAAGAUCGUACCGAGGAAAAAGAGUCCGGCAAAGGAGAGUAGUCCGAUCGAACAUUCUUACGAAGAAGUUAGACUGCCGCCACCCAAGAUGUUCCAGGACGAGCCACCACCUCCCGAAGAGUUUCGUGAUCCACCAGUCCCUAUCGACAAUCCUCUUUAUCACGUUUACGAGACGGUAAAGAGAACUCGGAGUCCCAAGCGAAACAAGACGGCACCCUGUAGUCCUCAACGUAAUCGGGAAAAUGCAUACGGUGCUGGUAGGGAUAUCUGUUUGGAUUGUUAUCAAGAAGGCAAGGAACUUUUGCAGAGCACACAGGACGACUUGAUCAAUUUUAAAAAAUGCAAGGAGGAAUUUAAACGACAGAUGAGCUUCUCUGGAAGGAUUUAUAGAGAACGCAAAGAAGCGCAGUAUCGCUUCCAUAAGCGUGCCCGUUCUUUCGGAUACGGUGACCUUCUGACCCCGUCGUCGAUUCAACCUCUAAGAUCGAAUGUGCCUCUUAGCGAUUACCCGAGUCUGGCCUCGACCUUGCCGUAUUUCCACAUCAGCGACGAGUACCGACUCUUCUCGCCGGAAGGUGCUCAUCUAAUCGUUUGCGUACACGGACUCGAUGGUAAUGCGGCUGAUCUACGUCUCGUCAAGACUUAUCUCGAAUUGGGUCUACCUGGGGCACACUUAGACUUUCUCAUGUCCGAAAAGAAUCAAGGUGAUACAUUUUCGGACUUUGACACGAUGACGGAUAGACUGGUAGCUGAGAUUCGUCAUCACAUCGAAAUAUCGGGCUUGAAUCCAACGAAAGUGAGCUUCAUCGGGCACUCUCUGGGGACCAUCAUCAUACGAAGUGCUCUAACGCGACCACAACUUCGGCCAUUACUUCCUCGUUUGCAUACUUUCCUUAGUUUAAGCGGACCUCAUUUAGGCACUCUUUAUAAUACAAGUGGAUUGGUUAAUGCUGGUAUGUGGUUCAUGCAAAAAUGGAAAAAGUCCGGAUCGUUGCUCCAACUGGCAAUGAAGGACGCACCAGAUGUCAGGCGUUCCUUCAUGUUUCGUUUAAGUCAGAAGAGCAAUUUGCAAAAAUUCAAGCACGUACUCUUGUGCGGAAGCGCUCAAGAUCGGUACGUGCCGCUUCACUCGGCGAGAAUAGAACUUUGCAAGGCUGCCGUACGUGAUCCGUCCGAUCAAGGGGCAGCGUAUCGCGAGAUGGUGCAAAAUAUACUCUAUCCCGUGAUGUCGGCAUCCGGUGUGAGUUUGGUCAGAUACGAUGUCCAUCAUGCGCUUCCACCGACAGCAAACGCUCUGAUCGGUCGAGCAGCUCACAUCGCCGUCCUUGACUCCGAGCUUUUCAUCGAGAAAUUUCUCCUCGUUGCUGGUCUCAAAUAUUUCAGAUAAGGAACGGGCACAGUUUCAUUCACGGAUGAGAGUACGGUCAUGAUCUGUUGUGUACUCUAAGUCAUAAAAGCCAAAGAAUGAUGAACGACAAGAAGGAACAAGAGUAAUGAAAAAUAUACGAUAGUAUGUUGAUAGGGAGAGAGAGAGAGAGAAAGAGAGAGAGAGAGAGAGAGAGAGAGAGAGAGAGAGAGAGAGAACGGCGCGUUAUCGUCGCUUCUUUAAUAGCUAGUCCGUUUCUAAUCAUAAGUAUGGGAGACACCGCAUGAUUAUUGAUUAGGUAGUUUGAUUAACGACGAAGAAAAAAAAACGAUUACAUUUUAAAAGUAAACGAUUUUCCCACGAUCGCAUCGGUUUAAAAAUCUUUCGGCCUAGUUCGAGAUCGAUCGACGAUUUUUAGGAAAGAAUACAAAAAUCAAAAAAAAAAACAAAAAAGAAAAUCACGAGUAAAAAUUAUCGGGAAUCAUACGACGGAUCCUCGUAACGCCAAUUUCAUCGAUAUGUCGCGACGAAAAGUCAUACAUACCUACAUUAAUUUAAUUGUAAGAUCGUCGAACGAGAUUGGUUAAUUGAUCGGGCAAGUAUGCGUCGCAAUGUACAUUUCUUUUUCAAUUUUUCUUCCUUGUUUCUUUUCAAGAAUUUCAAAAAACUCGCAAUCGACUCGAGUCAUUUGUCGCAAUAUACUUGCCGCUUGUUAAAAAGUACGCAGACAAUGUUUCGCUGACUCUGUCAGACUAAUAUAAGAGUUCAUCGUUAAUCCGUUAGUGAUAUAAACAUAACUCGUUUUAGUUUUCAUACAUGCACAUUAAACUUAUCAACAGCAACGCUCAAAUUUUCACUACGUUAAUCGAAUGUUAUUGUUAAUGCAUUUUGUCGCUAAGAAACGAACAAAAUUAUGAUACCCGAUCGAUUAUCGUAUUCAUCGAAAAUCGUAUUUAAUAAAUAUUCGCAAUUCUCAUUUCACAUUUUUAAAUUGACACCUCAAAUACAAUUUCCUCCGAUCGGUUUUUGUCAAUGAAGUCACGGAUAAUUCUCUUUGUAAGAGUCAGCGAUUCGCCGCGUAUUUAAAAGAAAAGAAAGGAGAAAAGUUAAAAAAAGAAAUAAAAAAAAAUAAAAUAAAAUAUAAAAUAAAAAGUACGCGAGAGAGAGAGAGAGAGAGAGAGAGAGAGAGAGAGAGAGAGACUAUGCGAGAGAAAGCAUUGUCUAGGCGUUAGGAAAGUUACGAAACGCAUGUCAAUUGUUACCCUCAGAUAAGUGUGAGUGCGUCCCGUGCGUGUAGAGAGGAUGGAUGAACAAAAUAAGAAAACGAAAAAAAGGAUGAUGGACGAAAAGAAAAAAAAAUAAACUAGAAAAGACAACAUGAAUUGGAAUAUUAUAUUUGUGCGAUUUUCUUUGGUGUUGCACGGCGAAACGAAACGUGCACAAUUCGAUUAGAACUUUUGAAGGAGCGUAACGCGAACGAUCUUGUGAACGAAGAAUAUAUGUCGCGCUAAUGGAAGAUGAAAGGGCGCUCUAUUUUCAUGCGAAGAAAACGGAAACGUAUCUAAAGAAAGAAAGAGAAGGAAAGAGAAAAAAUCGUUUCAGGUAUAUGAAAUCCCUCCAGUACUAGAUCUCAAUUGCUCGUAACAAUCUACGGAGAAUUAUAAUUAAUUAAAUAACUCGACCUGCGGAUGUUCUACAUAAGGAGAUACGCCUAUUACAUCGAUCGAUCAAUCGUCGUCGGAACGAGAGACGCGCGCGCGCCAGAGAGGGAGAGAGAGAAAGCUGAAACGAAAUAUAUGUGUAUAUAUAUAUAUAUAUAUAUAUAUAUAUAUAUAUAUACAUACAUAUAUAUUAAUAAUAAAGAAAGAAAAGUGAAAUGGCGUUAUAGUUUCGUAGCAUCAUCGUCGUAGCUUGUCGAUCAUUAUCGUACGAUUAGCUUUUAAUUAAUUAUAGCUAAGACUCUUUACAAGACUCUUCAGUCGUUGGUGCUAAGUAUCGAAAUCUUCAUUUCUUUCUUCAUCAUCAUUUAUUUAUAUGUGUAUUCAAGACCGAUUUGUUCCGCUUUUCAUCGUAAUAUUAAAAGCCUUGGGUAAUAUCGUUCCUUUUUAUCGCAAGUGUGUGCUUAAUGAGAAAGAAAAAGAGAUCCAGUAGAAAUUGAACGCGAACCUUGAUCGAUUUUUUUACGAUAAAUUAAAUAGAUUUUUGCGACUCAUCAUAUUUCCUUUUUCCUUUUUCAAUGGGCUGGUAUCCCAUAUAAAGAAAGAAUAAAAAGAAAGAGAAUGCUUGUAUGUGUUUGUGUGUGUGUGUGUUUGUGUGUAUGAGAGAGGGAGAGAGAUAAAUAAUUAUUAUAUGACCAUCUAUGAUAAAAAAUUAUUAACGAUUUUUAAAAGGCAUUAACAAUGACGACAUUUGCAUAUUAAUUAAUUAUAUGAACAAAUUGAUUAUUAUAAAUGAAUUUGUUGGAGUGUAAACAAAGUUUCAUUUUUACGAUUCGACGAAAUACAUAACGGCCCUUUCUCGUCGCAUCGCAUUGUAAGAAAAAAUACGGUGACCGCCAAAAGAAAGGAAAAAUAACAAGAAAGGAUUCGAAAUCGAAUAAUAUAAAGAAAAUUAGGCAAUAUUGAAUAAUGAUCUUCGAGGGAUAAUUUUUUCACUCAUCGUAAAAUCAUAUGCCAUAGGAAUUUUCAUUAAAAUCAUAAUUAGUUGCUCGUUCACAUAUGAGUCUUUGUAAUUAUAUCGAGAAUUAACAUACGUGUACCAUUUGAAUUGAUUUAACAUAAGUCAAUAUGUGUAUACACACAUAUAUAUAUAUACACACACAUGUAUGAACAUGAUUUGUGUAAUGUUUUAGUUUCUUAUCGUCGUACGCAUGGCACAAUUUUUCUAGAAACUCGUUUUGACGAGGACAAAGUUGCGAAAACUGCAAACGAAGAUACGAUCCGACGAUAGAUUCUAACGAUCGAUCGAUCGAUCGAUUGAUCGAUAUACAUGUGUGUGUAUAUAUAUGAACACACGUAGGUAUAUCAUUUAACCGUGAAAACAAAAUGCACAUUCGCAAUUUUAGAAGGAUUUACUCGAUGGAUUUCUCGGCAGUAGGGCAAGCGCGUCAUCGAUUUUAAUCUGAUUUCUUUUUUUACGCGCGUACGUGUAUCGAUUGUUAUACUAUUUUUAAUUACGAGAAUCGACCAAACGACAAACGAUCGGCGUGUUCGACAUUACGUUCGAUCAUGUUUGAGAUCUUACGAUUGGCAAAAAAGAAAAAAAUAAGAGGGGACAUGCCUGACUCGUUCGUCCGUUGAUUAGUGGUAUAUUUUUUAAUUCAGUUUAAUCAAUGAGAUCAGCAAGUAUUUAUCAAUACAAUUAUGUAUGGUUUUGUGGAAUAAGAUCCGUGUAUCGUGCGAGAGGGAUUAGAGAGAGAGAGAGAGAGAGAGAGAGAGAGAGAGAGAGAGAGAGAGAGGAGAGAGAGAGAGAGAGAGAGAGAGAGAGAGAGAGAGAGAGAGAGAA